AUGGAAAACCAAACAAUAUUGUAUAUUUUGGUUCUCUCUGGACUGUCUGAUCUUCCAAAUCUUCAGCUUCCUCUGUUUCUGGUGUUUCUCCUGAUCUACCUUAUGACUCUUAUUUUGAACCUUCUCAUCUUACUGCUGAUCUUCACUGAUUCCCAUCUUCACACUCCCAUGUACUUCUUCCUUGGAACCCUGGCAUUUAUGGAUAUGGGCUACUCCUCAGUUACUGCCCCAAGAAUGCUCUUUGAUUUACUAACAGUUAAAAGGUUGAUUUCUGUGCAAGCUUGUAUAACUCAAAUUUACUUUUUUGUCUUUUUUGUUGCAUCAGAGGUGUUUGUUUUGUCAGUGAUGUCCUGGGACAGAUAUAUUGCCAUCUGCCGUCCUCUUCACUACAUGCAGAUAAUGAGCUGGAAAACUUGUGUUCAACUUGUAUUAAUCAUUUUAGUUUUUGGUGUGGUAUAUGCGUUGGUGCAAACUCUUUUUUUAACUAGACUGACAUUUUGCAGCCCAGCUCCUUUGCAAAGUUUCUUUUGUGACCUGCCCCAGUUUCUUCAAGUCUCCUGUAGUGACACAUUCAUCAAUGUAUUGCUUAUAUUUGUCUUUGGGAUAUCAUAUGGAGGUGGUAUUUUAGUGGUCACCUUUUACCCAUACAUCACUAUAAUCAGAACUGUUCUGAAAAUCCCAUCAAUAAAUAUAAGGUCCAAGGCUUUCUCAACAUGUUCCUCUCAUCUAACUGUGGUCUUUCUAUUUUACAGCACUGCUUUCUUCAACUACUUUCGCAUAAAUGCAAGUGAUCAUUACACUGAGGACAAAGUGGUUUCUGUAUUUUAUGCUACAUUAACCCCCUUUUUAAAUCCUCUGAUCUACAGUCUGAGAAAUCAAGAACUCAAAACAUCACUAAGAAAAACUUUACACAGGCAUAAGUCCUUGGAUGGACAGGGGGCAAGAUUGACAAACUUUUAA